GGGUGUGUACGAAAUGUGAACGACGUGAAGGUGUAAACGCCUGGCAUUGAUAGUGUGAACCGUUUUUAAUUUCCUACAAGCAAUAUGCCUGGCCCAGAAAAAUUGCACUUGGAAGAUGCCCUGAAUGAUGAUCCUCAGACUAGGUCCAUGGUGUCAUUGUUUGAACAGGAUAGUCAGUUGCUGAAAAAAUACAUUGAAAGCCUCUAUGGACAUUGUGAGAAAGUGCUGAAUGCCCAGAAAGAGUUGGCCAGUGCUACAAGUGGCCUUGCAGACCAUGUGAGAAGUUACAAGGCACAGGGGUUUUACCUUGAUACAGAUCCAGACAGCAUUUUGAGUUCUAUAUUACAGCAUUUUGUUUCCACUCUUGAUGAGAUCAGCUCUUGGCAACAAAUGUGUGCAACCCAGCUAACAGAUGGAAUGAUGUUUCCAUUGAAUAGAUUCAUUGAAGCUGAUCUCACAGAGGUUUCAGCAAUGGCAGAGAUGUUCCAUAUAGCUAGUAAUGAACUUGAACACUGUUUUGCCAAGUUUUGUAAAGUACCAAGAAAGCGAGAGAGUGACAAACAUCGGCAAGAAACUAAUGAAGAGGUAUACAUUGCUAACAAGAAGUUUCACCAGAUGGCUCUCCACUAUUAUGCAAGCUUGAACUCCUUGCAGUACAAGAGAAAAAUAGCCCUCAUUGAGCCCCUUCUUGGUUAUAUCAGCUCUCUAAAAUCUCACUUUUCAGUUGGCAAUGAUGCAAUGAACACAUCAGAGAUGGAGACUUUCAUAUCAAGUAUAAGUGCAAGUGUACAAGAAGUGCAGAGUGAGCUAAAUCAUAAGACAUUAACAGCAGUGAGUCUAAUUGACUCCAUAGAAAAGCAAAGCCAGCAUUUAUACUAUGCUGAACCUUUGUCUGAUAUGCCUUUCAUCCCACCCAACACGUCCUUGACACAGAAGUCUGGAUAUCUGUACCAUAAAACAAAGUUUGCAGGGAUGGUGACCAAGUGGGAUCGUGUGUACAUGUAUACAUUAGGAGGACAUCUCAUGUGCCUUUCCAAGGGUGAAGUUGCUGGAUGUUCAAUGAUGGAAUUAGACAGAACAGUAGCUGCUCAAGCUUUAGAGCAUGAAGACAGAAGGAAUGUUUUUCAUAUUACAAAUGGAAAAAAGAUAGCUACCAUUCACAACAUUGCUAAGGAGUCCUUUUCAAGUCGGGAUCGGGGAAAUCCACCCAGUCAACCUUCUCAGGAAAAACUACACAAUAUCCCUAAACCACAGAAGCCUUCUCCAGUAUCUCCUGUACCAAACAUUAGUUCUAAUGAAAAUAAAAAGUCUCUAACCUUAUCAGGACCAUUGCCAACACCCCCCUCAUCACCAAUUGAUCACCUUGUCUUGGAUGUUCCUAUCCAGUUUGAUAUGUUUUCUCCAUCAGAAGAGCUCCAGUCUAACAAAGAACCUAAAGAAGGACCACCACUGAGGAUCAAUCCUUUUGACCAAUCUAGUCUGACCAUUUCUGCAGAGGCUGCAAAGGAUACAACCUCGCCAUUCUGGGAGGUGUAUCCUGUUCGGUUUAUGGGUACUAUGCAGGUGAAGAAGGACAGAGGAGAUCAGGUUGUGUACGAGACAAUUCGACAGAUUAUGGCAGCAAGGGCCAUACACAACAUCUUCAAAAUGUCCGAAUCCCAUCUUGUUGUGACACAUGAAUUUCUGAAAGUACUAGACCCUUCACAUCAAGCUGUAAGAGCUAUUUUUCCAUUAGAAGACAUAUCAUUUUGGACAACCCAUAGAGAUAAUAAGAGACUUUUAGGUUUUAUUACAAGAACAAGGUCAGAAAAUAUUGAGCAAGCAACUUUCCACUGUCAUGUUUUUGAAGUGCAGACAUCAGCCGAAGAGAUCUGUGGGGCAUUAACUACAGCAGCUAACAUUGCCUUAAAUAAAAUUAUGGUUCGCAAGAAAAAUGAAGAAGACAAGACAAGUGAGUUAUUGGAUGACGUUACAGAGAAAGAUAUCCUGGGACCUACUAUUAGUGAAGAUGGGAAAUUUCUCAUACUGGACAAACAGUCGUCAGAAUUAAAUACAGUUUCUUCAAAUACCAUUCAGGACCAGCCUGCAGCCUGUCAGUUAGAACAUAAAAGGAAAGUAUCUGAGGAAAGUGAGGCUUGAGGUGUGGGACAUUGAUAUAGAAACCGAGAGUAUGCAUCUCAAUGUGAAUUUUGUAGUUGCUCCCUCAAAGUUGUACAAGACAUGGUGCCACCAUUGUGAUCUCAUAUUACAGCAAACAAAGCACUAUUUUCCAAUAUAAUAAAUAUGUAACAUACUAACUAUAAAGUCUAUUAUAGAUUUUCAAGUUUUUAAAACUUGGUAAUUGCAUAAAUUUGAGUAUUUGUCUUAUAUAUAGAACAUAUAUAUAUAUAUAUAUGCAUGUACUUGUGCUAUGUUUAAGACUUACUAGUGUUCAGCUUAAAUCAUACACAUUGAACACAAAAUGAAUAAUCCCUGUAAUAUAGAACUAGCAUUGGCUUUAAAACUUUUAAGAAUUAAUAAUAAUGUUUAUUCAAGCUCUUAAAGUUUAUAUUUGUAGUUAUUUAAGAAUUUUGAGUAAUCUAUGUCAUGUAUAAAAGUUAAUGAACUUUUUUUAUACUUCUGUUAAUCACGAAGAGUAUAUCUUUGAAAAAAGCAAUUGAUUUUGGUAUCAUAAAUAAUGCUGAAAUUUGAUAGGAUUCCAUAUACUUGUUGUUUUAAAGGUAAAGAAUUCCUUGAUAAUGUAGGCACUAAAUUAAUGUAUUGUAAAGAUGAAUACAUUUCGUACUGUUUGUUGUGAAGGAAAUUUAAAUACAGAGUACACUUCAUGAAAAAAAAAGCAGCAUAUUUAUCUAGAGCCACCUUCUUUAGUAACAUGUCCUGCUUUUUAAUACCAAACUCAGGCCCGCCAACGGGGGGGAAGGGGGGGCAACUACCCAGGGGCCCGAGCGAAUGAAACCUGGUUAUGCCACAAAGCCCGCAAAGCAUCUUUAGGCUAUGUCUUCACUUAAUGAUAAAAACCAUAGUUUUUGGCUCUUUGCAUACAGACGCUUGAUACGUUAAGAAUGACUGAAAUAAUAAUUUGAGUAAUAAUUAAUAUGUAUCUGUUACUUUAUAGAUUUAAUAGAUAUUUGUUAUUACUUUAUUAACGUUUUUAUGCUUAUAUAUUGUGAGGUAAAAAACGGCUACUGCUAUAAUUUUGUCUGGUUUA